GCCAAUAGGGAGAGGGAUUGCUCUGGGGUAUCAAGAUGGCAGCGCGCAGGUCUCUGAGGAAAGGGAAAGGGGCCGGGAUGGAGUGAGCCCCGAACCUUUCGGCCUUGGUUGGAGAAGAAAUCGGGAUCCGCCGGUCGAGGUCCGGCAUCGGAUCCUGUUGCCCUUUCGCCGCUUCCGCUGCGAAGAAGAAGGGCUAUGAGGUGACGGGAAGAUGGCGAGCGACGCGGGGAAGAAGCAGUUUUGGAAGCGGAACGCGGCUCGGGUGCCGGGCAGUAUUCAACAUGUAUACGGAGCUCAGCAUCCUCCUUUUGAUCCACUGUUGCAUGGAAAUUUAAAACAAGGAACCAAGCCUCCUACAACCCCAGUAAAAACAAAGAAAGUCAGCACAUUUCAGGAAUUCGAAAGCAACACGAGUGAUGCCUGGGACGUAGGGGAAGAUGAUGAUGAACUUUUAGCAAUGGCUACCGAAAGCCUCAACACUGAUGUAGUCAUGGAAACGGCUAACAGAGUAAUUCAGAAUCACAGUAAAUUACAAGAGCAGCACAAAUUGCAGGAGGAACAGAUAGAAAGGGAACAGCCCCAGAAAAUUUCAGACUUGCCUUCAGCUGCUGGUGACAACAGACUGGUUAAAUCUGUCAGUGAAACAAACGCAUCAAGUUCUGCAGAUGACACUAAUGGAAAUACUUCUGUGCCAAGAUCUCAGUCUCUUCCACAAGCCUCUACAUAUGCACUUACUGGUGGGGUGGCAGAUAAUGCCUCUGGUGUCCAUGUAUUAUCUGAAAGAGAAGCAUUGCGAUUAGAUAAAUUCAAACAGCUUCUUGCUGGCCCAAAUACAAACCUUGAAGAAUUGCGGAAGCUGAGUUGGUCAGGAAUUCCAAAACUUGUACGACCAAUUACAUGGAAGCUCCUGUCAGGUUAUCUUCCUGCAAAUACGGAUAGGCGAGAAGGCACUUUGCAAAGAAAACGGAAAGAAUACUUCGCUUUCGUUGAACAAUAUUAUGAUUCAAGAAACGAAGAAACUCACCAGGAUACAUACAGACAGAUUCAUAUAGAUAUUCCUCGCAUGAGUCCAGAAGCUUUAAUUCUUCAGUCCAAAGUAACAGAGAUUUUUGAAAGAAUUUUGUUCAUCUGGGCAAUACGCCAUCCAGCCAGUGGAUAUGUUCAGGGCAUUAAUGACCUCGUGACUCCUUUCUUUGUUGUCUUCACUAGCGAAUAUACAGAAGAGGAUUUGGAAAAUUUUGAUGUUUCCAGUCUUUCUACUGAGGUACUGCAGAAUAUUGAAGCUGACAGUUUCUGGUGCAUGAGUAAACUGCUUGAUGGCAUUCAGGAUAACUAUACCUUUGCUCAACCUGGUAUUCAGAAGAAAGUGAAAAUGCUGGAAGAGCUUGUUAGUCGGAUUGAUGAGCAAGUACAUAAACACAUAGAACAAUAUGAAGUGAAAUACCUUCAAUUUGCUUUCCGUUGGAUGAAUAACUUAUUGAUGAGAGAAGUCCCCCUGCGGUGUACCAUAAGGCUUUGGGACACAUACCAGUCUGAACCAGAAGGUUUUUCCCACUUCCACCUAUAUGUCUGUGCUGCCUUCCUUGUCAGAUGGAAAAAGGAAAUCCUCGAAGAAAAAGAUUUCCAAGAGCUACUAAUAUUUUUACAGAAUUUGCCUACGAUGCACUGGGGAAACGAAGAAAUCAGCGUUCUCCUUGCUGAAGCCUACAGAUUGAAGUUUGCAUUUGCAGAUGCUCCGAACCAUUACAAGAGAUAAAAAAAAACAUAUACAAAAUGUGGCUCUGAUUGUGACAUCAAGUUUCCAUAUUGUGGUUGUGCUGGCACACAAUUGUCUACAGUUUCUAUAUUACUGUUGAGCAAGAAGCUAUUGGAUUACCAAAGAAAUGAGAAUACAGGCUUAGGGGAAAAUCUUGUGUACUUAAAAAGAAAUAUUCUUGUUCACUGAUUAAAAAAAAUUAAAUUUUAUUUUCAUUAUGGUCCCUUUUUUCUUUGGUAAUUGAGUUACCAUGCGAAUGAAUAAAGUGUGCUAGGGAUCUAAAGACUGAUUGUGUUGUCUCCAUCAGUUUUAUUCCUAGUCAAUUAUGUUCAACAUUUUGAUGGAAGCAUUUUUGGUGUCUGAGGUGCGUGCAAGCUAAUAAAAAUAAUCAGUCUUGCAUUAAAAGUGAAUACAAAUAAAUUAGACAAGAAGGUCAUGUAGCGGUGGUUGAACACUUACUUUGUUCGCAAACACAGGAUAUUUAACUCCUUUUAAUAGAAAGCUUGUUUACACAAUGAAAUCCAGGAGUAGAUUUUUAUGGAACACAAUAUUUAAAACUUGAAAAUAAUGCCACAUGCGUGAUCAAAUGAGAUCCUUGGACGUUUUACUCAGCAGUGUGCAGAUAAUGUUUACUAUGUUAUUUGACUUUAGAGUUUCCAAAACAUAUUGACUACAGAAUAGGAAAUAAGUUUUGUUUGCCAUAAUGUAUUACUUAAGCUAAUGGUUUAAAACCUAUUUGUGCAUGUAGAUCUUUUAGUUUCAAUAUUUUUCUAAUUAAAAUCUUACUUUAUACAUGAAAAAUAUUUUUUGAUGUGCUGCUGCAUUAUGUUGAAUUUAUAAUAUGAUGGGGCACUUGAUAAUGUAAUUUGGUGUGAGUGUGGGUAUACCUCAGCUCUUAGAAUAUAAGCAUGGAGUUGCAGUGUGCUAAUCAGAUUUAGAAAAUUGGACUGAUGAAGUCUCCUCAACUGUACUCUCUUGCAACCAUCAUCCAGAGUUCUUGAUUAAUUAAGAGCCAAUUUAUAUAAAAAUAUGUAUCGUUAGCAGCAACUUAUUGAAGGAAUUCAGUGAAAGGACGUGGUUAGUAAUAUAAAUGAUUUGGCUUUCUAAAAUAUUCACCAACCAUUAAUUUUUUGAAGCAUCCAAUUUAACAGACUCAAGCAGUUAAUGUUUCCACUGCAAUAUGUAUAUAUUGCAAAAGUAGCAAUGAUACCAUUAUGUGUCUAGUAUACCAGAUCAUCUAGUCCUGAACCAAUCUGAACUAUAAAUGGAAUAAGAUAAUAUUAGGAGCUCUUCAUGUGUGCCUUUAAGUCUUUAUUUGAAUGCCUUAGUCUGGUUAUAUAUGUUAACUUCCUUUUUGAAUGGACAGAUGCCAAAAUACAUGAUAAUUAUAGGCAAUAGCACUAUUUAUCUGGCCUUUCAUAGGCUGCACAGAUGUUUUAAAAGUUUCUUGUUUAAAAGACAUUUUGUUCAGUGGAGCAUUUGCCAUCUUCUCAUUCUGAUAUUGUUUAACUAUGCCUUCGGAUUGUGUUGGGCUACAACGUGAUUGUGAAACAUAUUCCAGUUCCAUUUGAGUUCCUCAUUUUCAAAUGCAUGCUUUUUAACAACUUUAUUCAACAAAGCAGAAUAGUUCUGUUAUUGUCUUAACACAGAUGCACAAUCACAAAGAGGAUACAAUUUAUGAGAGCUUUCAGGUCAAUAGUGAUCUGAGGGGGCUGCAUUCUUGAGGAAUUACACCAUCCCUUUCUGUUAAGGUGUCUGUGUUAAUUCUAAUCCUUUCAUCCAUCUACUAAUAUACCAUGCAUAGUCAUUUACUGCCAAUGUAUUCCAAUAGAUUCUUGACUUUAAUCAUAUCAUGGAAAUGACAUUUAGUUUUUCAGAAUUCCCCUCAACCCCACUAAGUUUGUAAGGUAAAGGGAGAUUCUUAGCCAGAAGAGUUAAAGGCAGGGGUGAAAUGCUACCGAUUUGGACCGGUUCUGCCGUUAUGGGUAGGGAAAAUUUUGAUUGGCCCUACCCACCUGCCCUCCCGCUCCUCUCACCUCUCCUAUAUUCUGUUGUUUGUUAGCUCAGCUGAUUCGCGCAGCAGAGUGAUUGCCACCUCAGCUGAGCUAAGAAAAAGCAAAUGAGUCUUAGUCUCAUUUGCCCUCAGCUAGAAUAAUAAAGGGAAAUUUUCUGCCGCUUUUUUCCUCCCCCCACCCCCAAGCAGGGAAAGGAAUACUAGCUUUAAUGAGAUAUCUGGACAUUCAGCCAAGAGCAAUUAUCACCUCCUUAAAAUGUUGGGAAGCUGCAAACCACCUUGCCUGAAUUGAGAAACUGCCUCAAAAGAAACUGCCUUUUGCUUCCUGUGGAACAAAAGCAGAGAGCCUCUUCCAGGGAAGAUUUCUCUGUCUUCUAUUUCUCUUCCACAGCAGAACAAAAAAAGCCUCUCCCUGUGAAGGCUUUUCCAGUUCUUUAUUCUGAUUUUCUUCUGGAGCAAAAGAAAGCUCUUUCUAGUGAAGCAGUUCCACUGAUUAAUAGUUCUCACUGUCAGGAAGUUUUUUCUUAAUUUUACAUUGCUUCUCUGUUUCUUCAGUUUUCAUCCAUUGCUUUUUGUUUUGCCUUCUAGUGCUUUGGAAAAUACAUUGCCCCCCCUUCUUUCUGGCAGCCCCUUAAAAGCCUGUUGCCUAUCACACUCUUGGGCAAAGCAUGUGAGCCAUUUCCCCGUUUCAGUGGUCCAUGAAAAUACAUCUAUAGUAUGUAGAUAAUAAACUUGAAAAAAGAUGAACAACAUUUUUACAGAACUAUAGAUAUGUUGAUGCUGGGUGUGACAAGGAAUGGCUGGGCGGGGAGGGGCCAGGCGAGGCACCCCUUGACGUGAAUGACAUUGAGUUGGCCACGCCCACCUGGUCACAUGACCACCAAGCCACACCCACAGAACCAGUAGGGAAAAUUUUUUAGAUUUCACCACUGAUUAAAGGUUUUUUAAACGUAAGGAUACUUUAAAGUUCAGUGCAUUAUUAUUUUUAAAUUGUCAGAUUGUGUCAAAUAAAAUAAAUAAACCUUCCCUGCCCUCAAGGGGAAAAAAAACACACCAAACCAGCUGAAAUGCAGUGAGAGUGAAAAUUGUAUGAAUCAUUAAAAAAGAAAAUAAGAUAUAGAGCACAUGGAUUUGUACUUUUUAAAUUGUAUAAUUUGCAUAGGAAAUUUCUCUUAUGUAAAAUGGGUCUGUUUUACUGUGUUAAAUGUAUUUGGAGAAAUGAAAAAAAUGUUAAUUCCAUUUGAUAUGACUUGCAGGCUUUGUUAGGAUCGUUAUUGCUUCCUCUUCAAAACUGAAUAUUAUUUCAUGCUGUGAAAAAAACAACAACCCUUGAGUACAUCAGAAACAAAGGGCGUCUCUAUCCUCCAAUGUUGUUUUAUAAAAAUUGGGUAUUAAGACAGCUGAUAUCAUUCUGGCCAUAUGAUAUAUUAUCUGUGUACUUAUUUUUUUUUCCUUGAAAUUGUGUCUUGAUUUUGUUGUAUAACUCAGGAAAAGUGCCAUCCCAACCAGCUGUUAUAUGGAAAAAAUAUUUCUGCCACUUUUACAUCCCUUUGUUAAAAUUUUGAAUUGCUCUCUAAUAUCAAUAUUCUUCCAUUUAAGAUUUACUAAUGUAGAAAAGAUAUUGGAACAAUUCAAUAAUUUAGCAUGAUCUGUAAUGUUAUAUUGAAGGCUUAAUGCUGCCUUGUCAUAAAUGCAAUAUUAAAUGUACAGUGCAUAUAACCGAUUUCUAUCUAUAGUAUAUGCUUAGUAAUGUAAAUAAGAACAAUGUACUAAAUAUGUAAAUAUAAAAUAUGAAAGAUACAGCUAUCUUGCAAUCACCUGUACAUCUCAAAUAUACUAUAACAAACUAGUUGCACUAGUCUUUAAUUUCAUAUGGAAAAGCCCAUAGAUUUGUAUUACAUCAAUAAAAAUGUAAUUAAUACCCAA